GAGCGCUUCCUGACCUCCCAGCCCCCUAGUCAGUCGGGACGAAGAAGGAGGGAAAGGAGAACUACUGUGGGGAAGAGCCUGCGUGGCCCGGGUUUACUGAAAGAGCAGCGGCAGCUGCAGCAGCCGCGGAGCAGCAGUGAGGCAGUCUGAGGGGGCUUCAGGAACUCGCGGAGCCUACCCGGGAGGCGCGCGCUGCUCAGGACCCGCGGCGGCUUCGGGGCGGCGGCGGCGGCGGCAGCAGCAGCAGCAGCUGCUGCUGCUGCUGUUGUUUCUUGUGCGGCUGCGAUGUUUCACUGCAUCCCCCUGUGGCGGUGUAACCGUCAUGUGGAAACCAUCGAUAAGCGCCACUGCUCCCUGGUCUACGUCCCGGAGGAGAUCUACCGCUACACCCGCAGCCUGGAGGAGCUGCUCCUAGACGCCAACCAACUCCGCGAGCUGCCCGAGCAAUUUUUUCAGCUAGUAAAAUUACGGAAACUUGGACUUAGUGAUAAUGAAAUUCAGCGGCUCCCUCCAGAAAUCGCUAACUUCAUGCAGUUGGUAGAGCUGGAUGUGUCUAGAAAUGAUAUUCCUGAAAUUCCAGAAAGCAUCUCAUUCUGCAAAGCACUUCAGAGAGCUGACUUCAGUGGAAACCCAUUGACUAGGUUACCAGAAAGCUUUCCUGAAUUACAGAAUCUAACAUGUCUUUCUGUAAAUGACAUCUCACUCCAAUCCCUACCUGAAAACAUUGGCAACCUUUAUAACCUGGCUUCACUGGAACUAAGAGAAAACCUACUUACAUAUUUGCCUGAAUCUCUCACCCAGCUACAGAGACUAAAGGAACUUGAUUUAGGAAACAAUGAAAUCUACAAUUUGCCAGAAACAAUUGGAUCACUCCUACAUCUCGAGGAUCUCUGGUUGGAUGGAAAUCAGCUGGCUGAGUUGCCUCAGGAAAUAGGAAACUUGAAAAACCUGCUGUGCUUGGAUGUCUCUGAAAAUAAGCUGGAAAGACUUCCUGACGAGAUCAGCGGCCUAGCUUCCCUAACAGAUUUGGUCAUUUCUCAGAAUUUAUUGGAUGUUCUUCCUGAUGGCAUAGGAAAGUUAAAGAAAUUGUCCAUCUUAAAGGCUGACCAGAAUAGACUGGUGCAGCUAACGGAAGCAAUUGGAGAAUGCGAAAGCCUCACUGAGCUUGUUCUGACUGAAAAUCAACUUCUGACAUUGCCCAAAAGCAUUGGAAAACUAAAGAAGUUGAGCAACUUGAAUGCAGACAGAAACAAAUUAGUGUCUUUACCAAAAGAGAUUGGUGGGUGUUGCAGUCUCACUGUAUUCUCUGUGCGUGACAACAGAUUAACCCGGAUACCCUCGGAAGUUUCACAAGCAAGUGAACUUCAUGUCCUAGAUGUUGCUGGAAAUAGAUUACUGCAUCUGCCUUUAUCCCUGACUAACUUGAAGUUGAAGGCUUUGUGGCUGUCUGACAACCAAUCCCAGCCCCUGCUUACAUUCCAGACGGACACAGACCAUGAAACAGGAGAAAAGAUUCUCACUUGUGUUUUGCUUCCUCAACUGCCUUCUGAACCUAGUUGCCAAGAGAACCUGCCCCGCUGUGGGGCACUGGAAAGCUUAGUCAAUGAGAUGUCAGAUGAAACGUGGAAUGAGCGUGCAGUGAACAGAGUCAGUGCAAUCCGAUUUUUAGAAGAUGAAAGAGACGAAGAGGAUAAUGAAAUGAGAACACUCCUAAGGCGAGCCACUCCACACCCGGGAGAGUUAAAGAGUAUGAAAAAGACAGUGGAGAAUUUACGGAAUGAUAUGAACGCUGCUAAAGGACUGGAUUCGAACAAAAAUGAGGUCAAUAAUACCUUUGACAGAGUGACCACUUCUGUGUAGAGCUUCACCUCCAAGUUUUUACCUCCUGUGUCCUCCCCUGCUGUUGAAAUGGUCCUGUCUUCCGAGGAAUCUCAUCCAGCCCUUUGUCUUAACCAGAUCCUGACCCAUCAUCUCCUUGUACUGCCUAUUGGAGGGUGCUGCUGUCUCGAAGGAAGUGCCUUAUACUAACUAGUUGUGGCACCAGUAAUCUCCAGAUAAUAUAUUUUUAAUGGAUUUUUGGUCACUUUUAAUGAGUAGAAUACACUACUGUACAACUUCACUUGUCAUUGUUGUCCUUUGUUGGGAGAAGGAGGGCUUUUGAUCCUCUCUCCUACAGUGCUGGGAUAUUUUAGACCCAGGUAUACUCGGACCUACUGAUGAGAGAUAUAGUUUUAUGUGAAAAAAAAAAAGAGAUACUUUUUUAAACAUUUUUUGGCAGCUCAGAUGGUGUAAAUUUUAAAAUUUUGUAUAGGCAUUUCAUAAGAAAAUUAUGUAUUUCUUUUUUUGUUGUUGUUUUAUCUGGAAAACGGUACAUAUUUUACUAUUUGUUGGGGAGGGGGGAGGGGGAGACAGUCCUAAAGUAUUCAUUUGUAUUUGUACCACCCAGUUGUGCCUUAAUGUAUGUCUUGUUGUAUGUCAAACCAGUCCUAACCAAUCACAUCCCUAAGCAAUGAGAUUAGACAAGGGGGAUGCACUUAUUUUUAGCCAUGUGUGUCUUAAAUUAGCAAUUAACUUGGUUGUUGUUUUUUUUAACCAAUGAGAGGGGAGGGAGCUAUAAAGAGGGACUCCUGAAUUGUACUUGACAUCUGUUUGAUUACUGAGAGAUGAAUCUGCAGGACUAAGCUUCUAAGUCUGAUUACUUACCGUUUAAAACUUUGCACGAAGACAGUGUCUUAAUUGUUCUAAUGCAGAGGGUUUGCUCCUGCUAGUGAGGUUUGUACCAUUUGUGUAAAAGAGAAUGGAACAGGAAGCACAGUAGGAGACUGGUCCAGAGUACAUUAGGAGAACAAACAAUUGUACUAUAGAGGAAAGCAUAACGCUAUUGAAAAUGGCUUUAGAGGUUUUAUAUACAGAUAUAAAACCGUAAUAAAGCAGAAACCUUAUAAAUAUACAAGAGCAACACUGGUGUAUUAGGGGUACAAUUUAAUUUGAGAAUUGAGUUUGUUGGGAAGGGUAACAAAAUGCUACAAAAGAUGAAUAAAAUAGCCAGUUGUAUUUUCGGGCAGGCAGAGGUAGGGAAGGUGUGUGUGUGUGUGUGUGUGUGUGUGUGUGUGUGUGUGUGUGUGUGUGUGUGUGUGUGUGUGUGUUCGUUCACACGCGUGCGUGCAUGCAUGCAUGCUUUUGUCUGUUAUUUUCUGCAAGAGGUUGUGUAUAGGUGAUGAAUAUUUUGGCCACAACAAUUUGCAAAAUGGCUUAUAACAAGAGGUUCUGAUGUACAUCACUCAUCUUGUUGAAAUUUUAGACUUUUGGAAGAAUUGAAGGGUAUGUUAUUUUUAAGGACAAAUAAUAUGAACUAGAGUUAAGCUGAAAAAUGAAUACUGCAAAAUUGCUAAAAGAGGUCAGUGGAACCAAGUUAUUUCACUAAUGAAGUCAACUCACCCUGGACAAUGACACCCAAGACUUUUUGUAUGACAGUAUCAAGAUGGGUUUUUUAGUGGGUGGCAAUUUUCUCGCAGAACCUGUAGUUGAUUUUGUUCUUAUAAUAAGCCAUUUUCACUACCUAAGACACAUGUGGUUUUGAGUUAGGCACUUUUGGGAGUUGCAUUAUUACUGUCAGGUAGUCAGGUUAGCACCAGUUAAUGCUUAUGUUAAUGCACAGUCUCUGGGUGGUAGGGGCAUGUGACUUCAGCAGUCUAUUGGACUAACUGACCCACAUGGAUUCUAAUCUUGGAUGCUUUAGCAAUCUUGUUCCAACUAAUCAGAUGAAAUAAUAAUUUUCUUCUACUAUAAAUUUCCUUAUUUAAUCUGCCUUUAUAAAGGUCUUUAAAAAAAACAACUAGGUAUUUAUUGAAUUUCAUGUAUGUUGGCAUAGAGGUUGCAGGUCAUUUCUGCACCCUGACUCUUGGAAAAGGUCUGGAGUUUCUGCAGUGCCUGUGUACCAUGUCAUCCCCUACUUGUUUCUACUUUUACUUCCAGUGGAUGAAUAGAAACUAUUGGUCAGAUGCAAGUGGACAGCUUGUCUUUUGGUGUAUAUGGUUUAAAAUUUGUAAGAAUAAUGUCAUGAUCAUGUUGUUUUUCAUCAGCUGAUCAAUUUAUUUAAAAGAAAAAUCAUUUUGAUUCCAAAGCUAUUUUGUUUUUAAUAAAAAAUAUC